CCAUCAAUGCUCAAAAUAAAGAAUUUAUACAAAGAAAUCUAUCUAUUAUGUUCAUAAAUUAAAGAAGGGAUUACUGAUUGUGUAUUAUUUAUAUCAAUAUUCUAAGAAUUUCGAUGUUCUCAACAUAAACCAUUCUAGUAACUCUGCAGGUGAACAUGAACCAUUAUGGAAAUUCUAGAAAUAAGAGGAAAGAAGGAACUCAAACAUGAAAUGAACCAUGAUAUAUAUGAACCUAAGAAAAUCAAUUAGUGACAUGAAAAUUUAAACUACAAACUCAUGCUCCAUUAUCGACAAGAUUGUAAAAAAUGGAUUAUGAAUGUGUACCAAAGAAUAUGAAUUUGAAAAAUGUAAACUUAGUCUGAUAAUCUGAGACAGAAUUAUAUGUAACCAUGUCGCAUGAUUACGUCAAGCUGAAAAAGAUGAAAUAAAUGUCAAUAGAAAUAAAAUAAAUCCCGAUUUUUUAUUAGGAGAGUCUUAUGGUAAUAACUUUCUGAUUCGAAGAGAAAGUUUAUGGAGAUAUUUGUUAACGUUUAUGGAAAUAUUAAUAAGGAAAAAAAAAAAAAAAAGAAACAGUGCCCAAAGAAAUUCAUGAAAGAGAUGACAAUGGUUAUAGAGGUCAUCGGUGGUCGGCCAGAAUCUAAUAAUUCCCGGCUUCAUCUUCUUGUUCAGUUUAAUAUUAAUGUUAUUCAUAUAAUAAACUCAAAACAAUUAAGAUAAAAAAAGAAUGAUGAAAUCUAAGGGCUGAGAGUUGUUCACGGCAUUGUAACUAAGGUUGCCGUAAAAACACUCCACUUCUCAGAUCAAACGUAAAUUUUACGGUAUCUUUAGCCAUUUCCGGCGGCGUAGUCACAGGCCGUCAAACUUUUCCAAAUCACCAUGCUAUCACACUCUCUCUCUUCUCUCUCUCGUUGACCUCUAUCAUAUACAUAUAAAAGAGACACCACCUUGUAGAAAACGAAACUGCCAUUUCUGCACUGAAAAGGAGCAAAUACACUGAUCGUUCAUUCAAUUAUUUAUGGUAAUGGGAUCAUCCACUGGUGGUGGUGGUGGUGGUGGUGGUGGGGCUGGUGGUGUGCCGCCAGGGUUUAGGUUCCACCCAACAGACGAAGAACUGCUUCAUUACUACUUGAAAAAGAAGGUUUCGUUUCAAAAGUUUGAUAUGGAAGUCAUUAGAGAAGUCGACUUGAAUAAGAUGGAGCCCUGGGAGUUACAAGAGAGAUGUAGAAUCGGAUCGACUCCACAAAAUGAAUGGUACUUUUUCAGCCAUAAGGACAGAAAGUAUCCAACAGGAUCAAGGACCAACAGAGCGACAAAUGCUGGAUUUUGGAAGGCAACAGGGAGAGAUAAGUGCAUUAGGAACAAUUACAAGAAGAUUGGUAUGAGGAAAACUCUUGUCUUCUAUAGAGGAAGAGCUCCUCAUGGCCAGAAGACUGACUGGAUCAUGCAUGAGUACCGCCUUGAGGAUGGUGAUGAUGUUAAUGGAAACUCCAAUGAGGAUGGCUGGGUGGUAUGUAGGGUAUUCAAGAAGAAGAAUCUAUUCAAAGUUGGAAAUGAAGCAACAACAAGCAUCAACUCAUCUGAUCAUCAACACCUCAACAGCAACAGCAACAACCCAUCAAUCACCAUUCAACCUCGCAGUUUCAUGCACAGGGACAGCCAGUUAUUACUACGUGAUCAGCUACCAUUUGAACUGAACAAACCUGAACUUGCACUUCAUCACUACCCCCACAACAUGGCUACAUCUCAGUAUUCUCUUUUCCAAGUACAGACCCUAAUGCCAACACAAACCAAGCCAGUAGGGUAUGACCAAUACCCGAACCCAGCUAGGGAUUGCGAGAGUGGCAGUGAAAGUCUUAGAUAUGAUCAGGCAGGUCUAGACGUGGGCAGCUGUGAACCCACCCAUCAUCAUCAUCAACAACAAAUGGGUAUAGGAAGAGAUGAGGGAGGUGCUGGGUUGAAUGACCAGUGGGCUAUGCUUGAUCGGAUUGUUACUCCCCACAUUGGGGAGGAUGAUUCUUCUAAAGGCGUCAGGUUUGAGGAUGCAAAUGCUUCAUCAGUUAACCCUAUUAAUCACCUCUCUUUGCGUGGGGAGAUGAUGGAUUUUUGGGGCUAUGGGAAAUAAUUCAUGCUUCUAAAAGUUCUCUUUUCACUAUUUUUUUUCAACUCCCAUUUUUAUAUAAACUAAGAAUUCAUAUUGAAGAUGAACAUAUAAGCUACAAAAAAG